AUGGAUGAAGAAUACGAUGCUAUUGUUCUCGGAACUGGACUCAAGGAGUGCAUCCUCAGUGGUAUGUUAUCAGUUUCGGGUAAGAAAGUACUCCACGUAGAUCGCAACAAGUAUUAUGGUGGAGAGUCGGCUUCCAUCACUCCCUUGGAAGAACUUUUUACACGUUUCGGUGCUCCCGCUCCAGAUGAUGGCUACGGACGUGGUCGAGAUUGGAAUGCUGAUCUUAUUCCCAAAUUCUUAAUGGCCAAUGGAUCUCUUGUGAAAUUAUUGAUUCAUACCGGAGUUACCAGAUAUUUGGAAUUCAAGUCUGUAGAAGGGAGCUAUGUCUACAAAGGUGGUAAAAUAUCUAAAGUCCCUGUGGAUCAGAAAGAAGCGCUAGCUUCCGAUCUAAUGGGGAUGUUUGAAAAGAGGCGUUUCCGAAAUUUCCUUGUGUAUAUUCAAGAUGUCAAAGAAGAUGAUCCAAGAACGUGGAAGGAUAUGGAUCCCAAUACACUGACCAUGCAACAGAUUUAUGAUAAAUUUGGUCUUGAUAAGAAUACACAAGAUUUUACUGGGCAUGCAUUGGCAUUAUAUAGAGAUGAUGAAUACCUCAACAGAACAGCUGUUGAGACUGUUAGAAGAAUAAAGCUGUACAGUGAUUCACUUGCCCGGUAUGGCAAAUCACCCUACCUCUAUCCAAUGUACGGUCUUGGAGAGCUCCCACAGGGAUUUGCUCGCCUCAGUGCUAUUUAUGGAGGUACCUACAUGUUGGAUAAACCAAUAGAUGAAAUAGUAUUGGAAAAUGGUCGUGUUGUGGGAGUGCGAUCUGGUCAAGAAGUUGCCAAAUGUCAGCAAGUAUAUUGUGAUCCAUCAUACGUACCUGAUAGAGUGAAGAAAACCGGUCAGGUUAUCAGGUGCAUUUGCUUGAUGGAUCAUCCUAUUCCCAACACAAGAGAUGCUCUUUCUACACAAAUUAUCAUCCCUCAGAAGCAAGUGGGCCGUAAAUCUGACAUCUAUGUUUCUCUGGUCAGUUACACCCACCAGGUUGCAGCCAAAGGUUGGUUUAUUGCUAUGGUCUCUACGACAGUGGAGACUGAAAAUCCUGAACAAGAAAUUAAGCCUGGUCUUGAUCUUCUUGGUCCGGUUCGUCAGAAAUUUGUUAGCGUCAGCGAUUACUACGAGCCUACUGAUGAUGGACUUAACAGUCAGAUUUUCAUCUCUGCUUCAUAUGAUGCUACCACCCACUUCGAAACUACCUGCUUGGAUGUACUUGACAUAUUCAGACGAGGAACAGGAGAGGACUUUGAUUUCUCAAAAGUUAAACUAGAUCUGGGGGAUGAGGAGCAGUAG